AGCUGCACUGAUUGUAUUACACGUGUUGUUUGAAAUGACUUACUAACUGGUGGUACUUAAAGUGACUUAUUAACUCCUUAUUAAAUGAUACUCGUAAUGAUUUAUCAAGUGUUAAUGAGGAACCAAUAUAUUUUACCCGUUUAAGCGGUGCAUUAAUGGUGUGUAGAAAUUAUGAACCUUACGAUACAAUAGGUGAUCAUUAUGGCAUUAACUUCAGUAAUUAUAACUAAAGAAGUGUAAAUCAAGGGUGUGUAUCGUGGACAACCUCAAGGUGGUAUAAUUUUAAGUAUCGCGCUUAUCUCUUCCUCCAGUGACUUUAGUUCGAUACCUUGUUGGGACAGAUGUGAGAAGGGUGUUAUCCAGUGUGACCCUAUCAAACAUGGCAGGUUGUCUCCGGGUACUGUACUCUAGCUUCUUCCUGUAGUACUAACACUGGAACUAUCGGGAGACUAGUAAAUCAUAAUUGAUAAAACUAUCUAGGAUAAUUGUCACAAAAAAAUAUCUAAAUCCAAGAUGGAGUUUGAUCCGAGAUACUUCAUCUUACUUUAAAAGGAUAAAAUCAAAAUAAAGUAAAGCAAAAUCACUAGAAUAUUGUGUUAACUUCAGAUAUUUUCGUCUGUACUAAAGAAGGAAUCAGGCCGGUGUGUCCAAGCUUAUCUGGUUAUCUCAAGUGUUAACAUCUUGCCAACAGUGUGAAGGAUGUCACUCCAAGCCGUGGUGGAGGGCAGGGACUCCUCAGCCUACUGUCCCAAGCAGCAGAGCUUCUCCUACUUCGGCUUCGUCAACCUCAUGAUGAUCAUCUUACAGGUUGUCAUCAAUAUUGUCAACAUCAACAACAACAAUAAUAACAACAACAAUAAUAACAACAAUAACAAUAAUAAUAACAACAAUGUUAAUGGACCCCAGGGAAGGAAUAUACAGUCUCUUCUUACCCAAGAUUAUGUUCGUCGAUGGUCUGAACCAACGUUUGAAGAUAAAGAAAAACACAAGAGUUACUCCUUCAGAUAUGGUAACUACAGAAAACGGCCAGAAAAAUUCACGACAGAAAUCCAGAAGAAAAUAUUGAUGGCUAACUCGUAUAUUUUGAACGAGAAUUGUGUUUGUUUCAGAAAUUCAGAGACAAUAAAAAAUGGUUCUAAAAUACAACAGAAUGGCGAAAAUAAUUCCAGUCACACCACCAUAACCACAUCACCGUCAUCCAUGAUACUCGAUGAUCCCUGGUCCCUCCUUCCUUACAUUGACAGGAGAAGAGGUGGAGGGUGGGAAGUGGGUGGAGUGCAGGUGGGUGUGUCAUUGGGGGCUGUGAGUGGGUGGAUGUUGAGGAUGGCUACAUCUUCGCCUGGUUGCCUUGGAUGGCUGAUGUGCGAGGCUCUAAAGGCACUUGGCGGAUGGUACAGUGAAAACCGCGAUAUGAUGACGGGGGCGUGUGGGCGUGUCUACCCACAGUGUCAGCUUCUUCCACGCCAGCGCUAGGCCGUCAGGAAGUACAGUGUAAGCGUCUUUCCACCAACCCACACACACACCAUACAGUGUAGGUAACCUGUACAAUAUAUCAAUAAUUUUUUCAAUAAAGUGUUACACGAG